AAAAAGUCCAGGGGGCGGAGGCGUCGCAGGAGCACCAGCAGCAGCAACUCCAACGGAGACUCAGCAUGCAGCAGCGGGAGCAGUGGGGGGAGCAUCGAUUCAGCAGACUCAGGUCACCCCUUCAGAGAGGGACACAGAGUAAAGCAGUUGGCAAAGAGGAUUCCCGGCGUUCUAACCCGACACGCCAUAGACGAGAUGAACCGCUUGUUGGUGCAGCAUUUGGGAGAAGAGGACAGCAGUAUUAUCAAGCCGGUUCUCCUUCGAUACAUUCGGUUGCAUGUGACGGUGAAGAAUGUACCCCCAGCUCAGAAGAGGGAGUUGCUGACUUUGGGUUAUACAAUGGAUCGUCUCCUUCAGCGGGAUUUCCUCGGGGCCAUGGACCUGAUCAUGCAGAGGGUCAAGGCUAUAGAGAUGGUGCUAGGGGGAGCGAGUUGGGCCGUGGCACAGAAUCUAGAGCUGGUCCCUUUGGAGCAAGAGAUGAUCACAAGUGUGGCGGAGGCCCAGGGCGCAGCCAGGGAGUUUCGCCACGAAGCGAAAGUUCAGCGAGACACGGGGAAAGGAAAAGGAAGGUGGCAGGAGGAUUGGAAAACCAAAAAGGGAGAUGGAAAGAAAGGGGAUGGGAAGUCCCCCAAGGGGGGCGGAAAAGCCAGCCAAGCAACACGAGCCGACCCGACCAAACCGAACUGA